CCGCCAAUUUCCAGAUUUUUAAUCUCCUUCCCUUUUUCGCCGACACAUUCUUACUCCAUUUUCCCCCUUCUCUCUCUUCAUUACUCCGCAAUAAGCUUCGAAUCUCUCCUUCUAUAGCUGUCACUGUCUUUUAUGGCGAUGCUUCUUCCCACUGCCUCUCGAUCUCGGCUUCUUCUACUGCUGCAGCUUCUUCUCCCUUCUCCUCUUCUCGCUAUUCGCUUUUCUCUUGCUUCUGCAUGCUCUGAAUCCGUGGAGAAGAGCUUGUAACAGAGCAUCGCCGAAUGCGUCUGGGGUUGUAAAUGGCUCUGCGGAACUUCCUUCCUGUUUCCCUCUUUGUGUUUUUCUUCUUGAUCUUUGGGUCUCUCCGGCUUGCUCGUGCUGUUACCGAUGCUUCUGAUGUUCAAGCUUUGCAAGUUAUAUACACUUCAUUGAACAGUCCUCCUCAGCUAACUGGUUGGAUUAGUAGCGGCGGCGAUCCAUGUGCAGAGUCAUGGAAAGGGGUGAUUUGUGAUGGGCCCGCAGUCGUUUCCAUCGAGAUUUCUGGGUUAGGGCUGAAUGGCACGAUGGGUUACAUGCUAUCAAGUUUUUUGUCAUUGAAAAAGCUUGAUAUGAGCGACAACAAUAUUCACGACACGAUCCCUUACCAGUUGCCGCCGAACCUCACAAGCCUAAACAUGGCAAAAAACAACUUAAGUGGUAAUCUUCCUUAUUCCUUUUCCACCAUGGCCUCUCUAAAUUAUCUGAAUAUGAGCCAUAAUUUGCUAUCCCAGGCGAUAGGAGACGUUUUCACCAAUCUUACCACCCUAGGGACCUUGGACCUUUCUUUCAACAGCUUUAUUGGGGAUCUUCCUAAUUCCUUGAGCUCAUUAUCCAAUGUUUCUUCCCUCUUUUUGCAGAACAACCAAUUGACUGGUUCUCUCAAUAGUCUUAUCAGUUUGCCUUUGACCACUCUAAAUGUGGCAAAUAAUCAUUUCAGUGGAUGGAUACCAAAAGAACUGAGUUCAAUCGAAAAUUUCAUAUAUGAUGGAAAUUCAUUUGAUAAUGGUCCUGCACCUCCUCCACCACCUUUUACUCCACCUCCUCCUGGUAGAUCUCGAAAUGGCACGAAACAUCCAGGAUCUGGCAGUGGCACCCAUACCGCCCCAAGUUCUGAUGGCAGCUCAUCCCACUCAAAUAAAGGCUUGCCUGUUUUGGCAAUAGUGGGGAUAAUUCUGGGUGCUAUAAUUUUUGUCCUCAUUGUGUUAGUUGCUUUUGCUGUAUGCGUCCAGAAGAGAAAACGAAAGAACAUCGGUCUUAGAGCUUCCAGUGGAAGGCUCUCUACUGGCACUAGUGUGAAUGCUGAGGUGCAAGAGCACCGGGUAAAAAGCGUUGCUGCUGUUGCCGAUAUUAAGCCUCUACCUGCAGAGAAAAUGAAUUCUGAGAGAUUACAAGCGAAGAAUGGAUCUGUGAAAAGAAUAAAGUCCCCUAUUACUUCGACUUCUUACACCGUUGCUUCUCUUCAAAGUGCAACAAAUAGCUUUAACCAAGAAUGCAUAGUUGGUGAAGGUUCUCUUGGCCGUGUUUACAGAGCAGAGUUUCCGAACGGGAAGACAAUGGCAAUUAAGAAAAUCGACAAUGCAGCAUUGUCACUACAGGAAGAAGACAAUUUUCUUGAAGCAGUCUCGAACAUGUCAAGAUUGAGGCACGCAAACAUUGUCACACUAAAUGGGUAUUGUGCAGAGCAUGGGCAGCGUCUUCUAGUUUACGAGUUCAUUGGAAAUGGAAGUUUACACGACACGCUCCAUUUUGCUGAAGAUAGUAGUAAGACGCUGACUUGGAAUGCACGUGUCCGAGUAGCACUUGGAACCGCUAGAGCUUUAGAAUACUUGCAUGAGGUUUGCUUGCCUUCUGUUGUACAUAGAAACUUGAAGACUGCAAACAUAUUACUUGAUGAAGAGCUCAACCCCCAUUUGUCAGAUUGCGGUUUGGCUGCUUUAACACCCAACACAGAGCGGCAGGUUUCUACUCAGAUGGUUGGUUCCUUCGGCUACAGUGCUCCAGAAUUUGCCUUGUCUGGUGUAUACACUGUAAAAAGUGAUGUGUACAGCUUCGGAGUGGUGAUGUUGGAGCUCUUGACCGGCCGAAAGCCACUCGACAGUUCCAGGGUAAGAUCGGAGCAGUCACUUGUGAGAUGGGCCACUCCCCAACUUCAUGAUAUAGACUCCUUAGCGAAAAUGGUAGAUCCCACUUUGAACGGAAUGUACCCUGCAAAAUCUCUGUCACGGUUUGCCGAUAUCAUCGCGCUCUGCGUUCAGCCCGAACCCGAAUUUCGACCUCCGAUGUCCGAAGUAGUACAAGCCUUGGUGCGUUUAGUACAAAGGGCCAGUGUGGUAAAAAGGCAUUCGAGUGACGAGUCGGGUUUCUCUUAUAAAACACCCGACCACGAUGCAGUCGAGUUGCCAUUUUGAGGCUUUUCCACAGCCAGCCAAAUUCAACUUCUGGAGAGAGCUUGGAAUUUUGACUAAAAACACCCAGAAGCCAGACUCAGUCAGGUGAAAAACCAAGCCAACUUGUAUCUAAAUCAGAUAAUGCAAGAUAUUGUAAUUAAAAUAUUUAUGAUGUUGCAAAUUUUAUAACUUAUGGCCAAAAUUAGAGUGUAUAUCAUGGAAAUGGUUACUAUACAAAGCUUCUGUCUUUCCUUCAAUAAUUUUAGGAGAAGUGGAGACCUUUUGUGGGGCAUAUAAUAUAAUGAAAUUCUCUUUGUUCUGAGUUUUUGACCA